GAAACAAAGUGAAAUGUUACUGCACCACGUAACUUCUUUAAUGUGGUCGAAGAAACAACGGAGGAUCGCAUUCCUACCCAGCAGAGAAAAGAAAAAGAGCAAAGGUUCUGAACAUGAAAGUCAUAUACAUCAUGAUCUUGGUUGGAAAAUUCUCUUUACUACCACCAAUAAUGGCCACCAACUGUACUGCUGAAAGACAGACUGAUGGUAAAUUCACGGAGAAGCAUUCUUCAGUUCCUACGGAUUGCAAUAAAAAUAUUACGACACUCUGCCUCAGUAAUCACCACGUUACUUUAAAUGCUACAGACAUAAAGAUUCUACAGACAUACAUUUUUUUGAAUGAACUCUAUCUGAACGACAACAAAAUUGUUAUACUUCGAAACAACAGUUUCAGUACUCUGUCUCAUCUGGAAAUUCUAAAUCUCGCUAACAACUCCAUAUAUCUAAUUGAAUGGGCUGCUUUUACAGGACUGAAUAAUCUAAAACAAUUAUAUCUCUGCCAAAACAAAAUAUCUCAAGUGGAACCUGGUACAUUUGCAUCUCUAACCAGCCUUGUGACUUUGCAUCUGGAAGAAAAUAUAUUAAGUUACCUGGAUGUCCAAAUGCCUCUUGGUCUGAAAACAAUCACUUUAAAUGGAAACCCAUGGAACUGCUCUUGUAGUCUAUUCGAUUUUCAGAACUGGUUAAUCAGCUCAAACGUGACACUAGAAAACGAGAACAUCACUAUGUGUAGAAAUCAACGGUUGCUGAAGAAUUACAGCAUCAAAAAAGUACUCGAAUGUCCUUUAGGAUCUUCCUCUGCAUUUGCAACUAUCAAUUUUAACGACACUAAAAAUCACUCAAAAAAUUCAGAACCUGAACGUCUUGGCAAAAGCUGGGCCUUUCUUGUGGGUGUCGUAGUAGUUGUCUUGACAACCUCACUGUUGAUUUUUAUUGCUAUUAAAUGCCCAAUGUGGUACAACUUUUUGCUUAGCUACAAUCACCAACGGCUGAAAGAGAAUGAUCCCGAGAUACCUGAAGAGGAUUUUACUGCUCACUUCAAUUCCCUUCCACAGACACAAGAUGGUGAAACUAUUGUGAUAUUUGAACAAAUCCAUUCAUUUGUGGAAAAUGACGAUGGAUUUAUUGAAGACAAGUAUAUCGAUACCCAUGAGUUACACGAAGAAAACUAAUGUGCUUCCAGGUUUGACCUUCUAACUUGGUGUUCAUCCUACCACAAUUUAGUCUGAAUAUUUUAGGGCCAUUAAAUACCAGAUCCACAAGAUCAACCUCUCAGAGUUGGUAUACUGUACCACACAUAGACUGAGAGAAUGGUAAUGAGCAAGCAUAUGGCAGCAAAGGGAUAUCCCUAACUAGGAACCAAGUAAUAGCAAAUGUCCAUUAAAAUACAAUGGUUGGGAGCCUGAGGUUUUUCCAAACAUCUUCAUCUGACUGAACAAAAACAAUGGAAAAGUGGAGUCUGUAAUUAAUAAAACUUUAUGGUGGUUACUUUAUUGGCAAUAUGAAGUAAUGGAUUUGGGAGACAUCCCAAGGUGCUUUCUCUACUGGCACGAUGGGAUGAUACUAAAUUGACGACAGUUUGUAGUGAAAGGUACGGGAAACUGAAACAAGCAAAUGAAUUUCUUGGCAAAAGCAAACAAAAUUACCACUGAUUCUGUCAGUAUAAAAUAUUGUAUAUUGUCACCACUGUUGCUGGAAACUACAGUAGUGUAAAAGGUCUGAGGUAAAUUUUGUCACUUCCUCACCAUUUUGUAUCCAAGUUUAGCAGUGCAGCAGUGACAAUAAAUUGGAACCACUCACUUUCCAUCUCAGUUGCUCACGAAAUAAGUGAAAACACUAGCUCAAGCUUUAGUUUCUGAUGCUUCACCAGGCCAGGGUAGGAACAUUUUUAGACCCAAAAAUUUAUCACUUGAGGUUUACCACACUCCAAAUCACCAAGGAGAAAUACUAAUGAAGAAAUAGAAAUUGUAGUCUUCAUCUAUAAUAUAAAUUUCUUCCCUGGAAAAUGUUAAUGCCACAUGAUAAUCAAACUCUGAAGUGUUAUUCACCUACUUAUUAAAUGAGGUCUGUAAGUACAAUUCAACUUAAUUUCACCUGAAUUCAAACUAAAAAACUUUUUUUUUUUUCUUUCAGGGGGUGGGCAUGUGCUGUAAGCCCACGAUAAACAAUACAAGUAUGGCCUUACUUAGAAUUUGUAACUGCCAUCUUUUUAAGAUACGUACUUCCUUAGUGCAAUGGAUUUAAAUUUAGCCGAUAAAGAUGUCACAUCCUCAGACUGCCCUUUUAGCCCUGCUGGUUGUAAAGAUAGUCUUUAUAAUGUUUGCUUCCUUUAGGACCAGCUACGGGGCCAUUCUGCAGGUGCUGAAACUUUAGCAGUUGCUGUAGGUGGCCAUGAACAGGGAGUGGUGCUGUCACGGUCAUCUCCACCCCCUUGUCGCAGGUAUGAUCAAAGAGCACACACAAAGUAAGAGACUCACAGGUCUCUGCCUCAAUUCAUAUCCUUUCCCGGCUCCGUAACCCCUCUCAGAUUGCAUCCCACACAGGGGUGAAAUGGCAGCCAGGGUGUCUAUUUGAGGUACUAGGAUUCCCCCUCAACUAAGGCUUAAUAAUAAAAGUGUGUGCAGAGUGCUGUACUAAGCUCAGGGAGAGAGUAUGCUGGUGGGAAUUAGAUAUGGUCUAUGGAAUUUAUAGGUGUGCUAAAGUCCCUCCUGGUAUAGUGGGGCCUGCUAAAACACUCACACUUUCAGGUUCAGGGCAAACCCACCUCCCAUAGCUCAGGGGAAGAUAUACCUCAGGACAUACCUCCCUGGGGUUUCAAACUCUCCUCCGCCUCCCGCACAAUCAUUACUUUCAGGAAGGGGGGACAUGGUUGGAAACAUAUAUUUACUCUGCUGGGAAGUGGUAGCCAAGGAGAAAAAGUAGGAGGGGCACGACGUUAUGGAUGCAGAGAAUUGGACCCUGGGUGCAAAACUAGCCAAGCCCAGACCUGAAGUGCACUACUAGAGUCUAAGGAAUGGGAAAAGUGGACUGAAAAAUUCUAAAGUUUUGGUUUAUCCAGCAGAGAAUAGAAUUGACCCUCUUACCUAUAUGUUUCCUACUCUAUGCCACAUUCAGCUCCCUAGAAACUUUUCUAAAUGUAGAAUAGUAUGGACUGGUGCCCAACAUAUGUAGUUUAAGCAAAUAUACAUACAAACAAAUUUUAAAAGGCCAGCGAGGAAGAAAUGGGACUAAAAAAUCUGUACCACUCUGCUCUCAUUUAUGUUAACAAAAUUUGUCACUAGGUUAAUAUCUUUUUAAUACACUUUAUUAAAAUGCAAUACUCAGGAAUCCAGAAACAGCUUACUUUGGGGAAUAUUUACCUUUUGAAAAUGGAAAGAACUGAAAUUUAUCUUUUGUAAUAUUAAACAUUUUCUUAUCAUUGUUCAGGCUAUUUUCAAUAAAAUAUAUAACAGUC